AUGGCUGCAGUCGUCCUCCAUACAUGGCUUGCGCAUCACGGGGUUUCCAGGGCUGAGCGAUACGACCUCGAGCUCGACUUGCAGCAUGCAACGUCCAACAAGACUGAAAGCCGGAAAACCGUCCCUCUCAGCAUCGCAGCGGCUUUGAAUCAGGCGACGGCUUCAGAGCUGCUCCGCCUGUGCCAGAGGGCUCAUACCGCAUCUCUCAACGACCCGAUAACGGCGGCUAUCGGCGCCCGCUGUAAGCAAUUGCUCUUGGACAAGACGGCAAGGUCAACAUGGUGUCGUGAGCAUUCCAUGGCCUGCCUUGAUGGCUCUUCAAGCACGCAGGAUCUACUUCGAAGACGUCAUGAGCAUUUUGCCCAAAUAGGUGCAGCUUCUCUACCGGCCUGGGAUGAUAUUCUUGCUCUGCUCGGCGACUUUGAGGUCCUCGUUCAGAAUGCGCUCAUCGAUGGCAACAAGACGGUGUUGACGACUAUUGUGGAGGCAUUGGACCAAGCCUUCUUUCGGUCAUCUGAGUUUGACGAGUGGCGCACCGAUAUGGCCACUGAUUUGCUCUGCUUGAUGUUCUUCACUGUGUUACGUAGGGAGGCAUUCGACGACGUCUAUCUCGAAGUUACGGAUCGUUGUCCAUACCUUCUACCCCAACCUGACCAAGCAGCUGUCUUCGCCGAGAUUUGGGUCCUCGGAUCUCAAUGCGAGGCAUACUUUGGUGUCACACCCCUCGAACUUGGCCGGGCCAUUUACGACAGAUAUCAGGCCCACCUUUCCUGCUACCCCCCUCACACGACCGAUGAUCAGAUAGGGCCACGUCUCGGGCUGAUGACAAUGUACCCUGACAUCACUGCGACAAAGAUCAACGCUGAGGCUGGAGCUACCACAGUUCCUCAAGGGUCUUACGGCUCUCGCCACAACAAAACGAUCCCGUCUCGCAAGUCCGUGUCUUUGCAGAAGAAGCACGUCUUCGAUUUUGGAGUCGUAACAAGCCUCCACCUGCCUGCCAUUCUGGAUACAGCCCUAAUGUCCUUGUGGGAUCGUGGUAUUUUCACCUCGGGUAUCGUUAACCCCGAAUACAUGGCAGUUAUCGGAUAUGCUGUGUUCAUAUCCUUUCUCGUCUCGGCCGCCGUGGCGGGAUACGCCGCAAGGACCGCCCACUUUUACAUGCUUGACUGCGCCUACGAGAACAUCAUAUAUUCCCACGUCCAGUCCUUUUCUGGUGGCUGCGCUGUUGCGCUAGCUGUAGCUGCCGCUGGGAUUGCCUUUUUCACCGUGUCGCAAUCCCUCGCUACCGGUCUCGUAUUUGCCGGGUACAUUGUUGCGUUAUCUGCUGCUCUGUCCCUUGCCGGGAUCAUGGCGACAAUGCAUCAAACUGGCAGCCCGCUCCCAUCGGGGCGAAAGGUUCUGUGGCGGACAGCCCAGGUGCUGUUAGCCGCGCCUAUUCUAUCCGUAUACUUUGACGGCCACGACUUGCUCAUUUACCUAUCGACAUCAUACGUGUUUCUCUUCCUCCUCCUCGCCCAGUAUCGUCGGCUCUGUCGGGAGUGGACGGCUUGGCUUCCUCGGAUCCUCGAGUUCUCCAAAGAAGACAUCGAUCUCUGGUAUUCAUCUAGAAUCGUGAAAUCGGCAGAAAGCAGCGGUCUCAUAGGAACAGAUGUCGCAGCGGACGAAGACCUGUCCCGGACCGCAUCCGCAUCCGCAGCUGAGAGACUGUUCCGAGAGGAGGUGGAUGCUUGGACCCACGGCUCCAACCGCCGUCCCUCGGGCGACAAAAGCAAUGACCCCAGGUCUCUUGUUGAGAGGGUUGGCAAUGCCAUGCCAUACAUCGAAUGGCUUUUAGCCCCGAAGUUCCCCAGAGUAGACGCGCCGCUCAUAUUUAGUGCCGCCUGGUUUCGGGAACUAGACCACGUCCUGCAGACGCCGCGUCAAGUGCGUAACUGCCUCAAAGAACAUAAUGCCGUGGUACUGCUACGACUUGCAAACCACGAUAUCAUUUCCAAUGUGGCAUUCGUCUUCAUGGCUCUGAUGUACCGUUGGACCGCUCUGUUCAUGCAGGGGCGUUUUCCACAUGUCGAUGCGGGCUCGGACUUGCCCUCCCGUCUGAGCCUGUGCUUCAGCCUGUUGUAUUGCGGCGCUUCAGUAGUGACUCUGGAUGAAGAGUUGCAAGAAUCAUGGUUCUGUCAAAACGAAAAUUCCCUGGAGAAGUUGACCGGGCUUGAGCUAGCCAAGGAGGCAAGCAAAGAACUGUUCAAACGGAAGCGACAAACAUACAGCAAAAGUCUUACUCGCAUCGUUCUCCGAAUGGCAUGCACGUUCGUCUGUUUGAUUACGAUUUUGCAUAUUACAACAGGCGACAGAGGCAGCCUCUAUGAAUUCGCUUGUUACAGCUUUGGCUACACAAAUGCUGCCAUCUUUCUUUUCAAUGCCGGCUUUACCAAGAACAUGAGCAACUGCACCCUUCUUGUUCCUGUAUUAGCAAUCUUCGGCUUAUUUAUCGGACUUCUUCAGCGUAAAAUACCGCGGGAAGAAGUUUACGUGGAAACGGACGUGAUUAUGUUCAACAUCACCGUUGUCACGGCAGCCGUUUCAACGUCAAUCCUGAUGGAAUGA